AAAAAUCUAACAAAAAAAAGAUUAUAAAUGUGUGGAAAAGAUUUAAAAAAAACAAACGAGUAUUGUAUACAUAUUUCUAUGACUUAAUUCUUAUACACUUUUUCUAACCAUUUUUGAAUAUCGUACAGUGCAAUUCAAGAGAGAGAAAGAGAGAGAGGGAAAUCCACAGAGAGAUCUCCGAGCGCACGUUUCAGAUCAGAUCAGAUCAGACUCAGGUUCGGGUUUCAUUUGCAAUAUGGACGACUCGCUUGGGAGUGUUUCCCCGUUGCCGCCGCCCACUCAAUUGCAAAACUAAUCUGCCACUAUCCGUUGCCAACUUUUCCACAUUUUCUAUACAGGUCUUUUUAUACUACACUACCCUAACCAUUGGCACAUCUGAGGGAAACUACUGUGUAUUUCUUUACUUUACAAAGCAAUGCUGUCGUCAAUCAAAUCAUUUAAUUUCUAAACUGUAUGUAAACCACCUUCCACCUUCCACCUUAAAGCCAUCUGAAGCAGCAGCUGUUGUUAUCGCCUUUAAACUAGUGGCUAGAAACCCUAAACUUAACUUUUAAUAAUAUCAUUUUGUACUUUAACUAAACCUUCAUCGAAAAAACCAAUGAGAAACUCUAAAAACUAUAAAUAUGCUACAUACUAAAAACCUGUAAUUGUUUUAUUUCAUUUUAACUUUGAAGGACUUUGAAUACCCUGUGAUACGCUGGCUAACAAUCUUUAUAGAAUCCCAUUGGAUCCAAAUCAAUUUAAAAGCUUUAAAUCAUAGUAAACAUGCUAUUUGCAAAGGGUAUAAUAAUUAUUAUAUUAACGAUCUGACUCGUUUUUGGAUAAUUGAUACCUAGCCGGCAUUCCGGCUGGCUGGCCUUUCCAGAUCGCCAUGACUAUGGCACAAAAUUCUUUUGCAUUAAUAAUUCAUGAGACGAGGCCAUAAAGACGUAAGUUUAAUUGCUUUUAAAUUCCAGGUGUUGCAUAAUAUAUGCAAUAUUAACUUGGAAUUUCACAGCAACCCGACAGUCGAUAAUUGGCCGUUUAAAGCAACGCAAGCAAAUCUUUACAAAUCUCAAAAUGCUUUUCAAGUGCUUGUUUGUCACUAUAAUGGUUGUACUCCUGGUUCUACAGGGAUGCUCUUCCAAGACUUAUCAAUUUAUACCCGCUCGCUGUGUGGAUCAGCCCGGAGUGGAGCAGAGGAUUGGCGGCCCUCUGAGCCUGUGCAGCUUUCCACCAAAAUACCAGACACCGGACGCUGAGGACAUCCAAGCCGUGAUCAAGCAUAUACAGGGCCUAAACCUCAAUUGACGAAAACAAAAAGAGUGGAAGUUUGUACAUCGUUUAGAGAAUAUUACAUUUUAUAUGCAUUAAAGAGCACGCGGGAUUAUGAAAUCAAUAAAUUUAGCUAUAACAUUGUAACUUAA